AUGCCACAUGGCCCCGUCAAGUUCCGGUCAACGGUCGUCAAGCCUUAUAACCACGACCUUGAUAGCGAUCCCGCUGCCGACGAUGCCGAAGAUAUCGUCUAUGCCGAAGGCCCGGCCCGCCCCGGCAGGCUAGAAGUCAGGAUACCGGCUGCAGCCGCACCUCCAGCCGCGAUGAUACCUACAGCCACGACAUCAUCGAUGAUACCUGCAGUCGCGACAUCAUCGAUGAUACCUGCAGUCGCGACAUCAUCAACACCUGCAGCCGCGACAUAUCCGUCACCAGCCACUGGGUCUGAUCAAGCCAGGCCACUAUCACCAUCACCAGCAAGGGUGGUAUCCGACGUCAUGAUCAAUGAGGACCAAGAAGAGGCUCUCGUCAAUACUAUCGCUUCUAAUACCGUUAUUGACGUCUCUUUCCUGACCGCGAAAGAGUAA